AUGGCAAACCGUGCGCACGUUCCAAAGUUUGGGGACUGGAACAACCAAUCUCAACCCUUCACAGCUGUCUUCGACAACGCGAGGACGAACAAACGAGCUGACUUGUACGAAUCUCUAGAGAACUCUGACAUCAAAACUCAAGCAAAACCUCCUCCACAACAACCUACUCCUAUAAUUCCAAAACCGGUUAGAGCGCCACCACCAACCGAUAUAAACAAAGUCAGAGCUCCUCCUGCCAAUCAGCUCUACGGAGCUAGAGGCGGACUAUACGGAGGUUAUGGAGGUGGAGGCGGAUCCGGAAACCAACGGCAGCCGCAGGUUCCUCCUCGUCCACCACAGACACAGCCUAAACCCAAUGUUAGAGGCGGCAACAACGGAAGGGGAGGGACGACGAUUCCACCAUUUCCAGGAUCAGUGGGAUCAGGGGAUCAGAACAUGAGUUACACACACAUUUUCGACCAAGUCAAAGAAGAGAGGCGAGAUGCCAGAUCCAACGGUGGAUCAGUAGGUAACACUCCAUCUCGCCUUAUCAACGAUGAUCAACGGUCACGUGAUCAAUCUACUGCUCCAGGCUCCUUCAAGUUCUGUUGCUUUACAUGGAGCCGAAAGGGAAGCAGCUAUUGA